AUGGAGGCGCGCGGGCUGCCCCUAGCCGCCCUCCUCCUCCUGUCCGCGGCCCGCGCCGUGGAGCUGGAGCUCGUCGGCGGCGCCGUGGUCGUCGACGGCGUCGAGUGGUUCGGCGCCGGCCCCGUGGGCGCCCAGGUGAACGACAAAUGGCUCAGCUCGGAGGGCUUCGGCCCCGACGCCUUGCGUCGCUUCGGCCCGGAGCGCACGACCUUCGGGCGGGACGCCGUGGGCGAGUACACGGCGGCGACGCAACUCUGGACCGACGUCGCCGGCGCUCCCGUGCUCGAGACCACGACUCGCGAGUACGGCGACUCGACGUGGGUCUUGCAGCAGCGCUGGCCCGCGGGCUGCGCCAACGGCGGCGCCCGCGACGGCAACGAGGUGCUCGGCGCGUUUCCGACGUUCGCCGCGCCGCCGAACGCCCCGACGCUCAACUACGCGUCCUGGGGCGGGAACCAGCUCAGCGACGCGACCGUCGGCCGCUGGCUCCCGGAGAGAGCGGCCGCCGCCGCGUCGCGUUUACCCUAUCCGCCGCCGCAGUCCUACGCCGCGGGCUGCGCGUCGUUGUAUCAAGACCGCUGCCCGCGGACCUACCCCUACUACAACUCGACGUGGCUCGGCGGGCCCUGGCAGGGCGCGCCGACGGUCUGGUUCGACGACUCGCUCCGCGCCGUCGCCGCCGCGCCCUUGACGCGCCACCUCGAGAGCGCCAUGGUCGCGACGCGGCGGUUUGACACGACCGCGCCGCUCAUCGCCCUCGGCCCCGCGGCGACGCUCGACGCGCUGCCGACGGGCUACGCGCACGAGACGCUCUUGGUGGGCGCGCGCGGCGUCGACGCGGUCCUCCGGAAGCUCGGCGACGCGCUCCUCGCCGUCGGCGGCAAGCGGCGGGCGCCGCCGGCGGGGCCCGUGCUGCGCCAGCUGGGGUAUUGGACGGACCGAGGGUCGUUCUACUACGGCAACCCGCGAAGGCCCGGCGACUCGAUGGCGGAGACGCUCCUCGCGGUCCGCGACGCCUGGGACGCGGCGGGGCUGCCCGUGCGCUACCUGCAAUUGGACGACUGGUGGUUCCAACAGCACAAUGGGGAUUUCGGGGGCAUGGUCGACUGGACCGGGUGCACGGCGAACUGCUCGCCGGGCGGGCCGGCGGUCUUCCCGGAAGGUCUGGGCGCCUUCGCCGACGGCCUCGGCGCGCCCGUGGCGCUCUACAUGGGCCUCGUGUCCAACUUCACGCGCCACGGACCCGUGCGUCUCGACGGUCGCUUCGCCGUGCCGGCCUCGCGCCAGUUCUACGACGACCUGUUUCGAACGAUGACGAAGACGCUCCGGCGGCGGCCGGCGCUCUUCGAGCAGGACUUCCUCUCGUACUGGUUCGGCAAGGGCCGGGGCCCGCCGUCCUUCCUGUCGACGCCGGGCGCGGGCGAGCAGUGGCUCCGGGACCUCGACGCCGCGGCGCUCUCGGCCGGCGUUCCCGUGCAGCUGUGCAUGAACACGCCCGCGACGAUCCUGGCGUCGACGCGGCUACAAUCGGCGACGCACGCGCGCGCGUCCAUGGACAACACGCGGGACCCGCUGACGGCGUCCUGGAAGGUCGGCCUCGCCGCGUCGCUGCUGCGCGCCGUGGGCCUCGCGGCGAGCGUCGACAACGUCUUCGCGAGCGCCGGCGGCGACGGCGGCUGCCACGGCGGCUUCAACUGCUCCCAGCCGAACCCCUACUUCGAGGUCGCGCUCGCGGCCCUCUCCGGCGGCCCCGUGGGGAUCGGCGACGCCGCGGAGGCGCUGAACGCGUCCGCGGCGCGCGCGGCGGCGUCGCGCGACGGCAACCUGCUCCGGCCGACGCGGAAUUUGGCGACGCUCGACGCGGCCUUCCGGUUGUCCUUCUGGGACCUGCGGGAGCGGAACCUCUGGGCCGCGGAGACGCGGCUCGGGGAGUACGUCUGGCACUACGUGCUCUCCGUCUUCCUCGACGAGGCGGAGGAGCUCGACCUCGUCCUCGACCUCGGCCGCGACACGCGCCGCGCCGUCGCCGUCGACUGGCCCCUCACGGGGGGCGACCGCGUCUACGUCACGACGCACCUCGACCCGAGCGCGCCGCUCGUCCUCGAGGCGUCGCCCUUCGACCGGGAGAACGCGCGCUUCGUGCGCGCGCGAUUGGCCGUCGUCGCGCCGGUCGCGCCGCGGUCCGAGUUCGCCGUGCUCGGCGAGCUCGACAAGGUCGUCGUCGCCGGGCGCGUCGUCCGCGUCGUCGACGACGACGACGGCGUCGACGUCUCCGUCGCCGCGGACCCCGGGGAGGUCGUCGCGCUGUCCGUCGUCCACCCCUGGACCUACGCGACGCUCACGACGGCGUGCGCCGCGGACGCGGCGGGCGCGGCGACGGUCGCGUGCCGCGUGCGGGGCGACUGCGAGUGUGUGCAACGAGGCUAG